AGAGUUUUCUCGAAGACGAGGCGACUGAGCGAUGUGCCGCAUAAAUACUCCGCAGCUGGAGCUCGAAAACCUACGCAGAGAUGCGCGAGAUCGUGGCCAGACACAUUCGAGUUUACCACGAAACUUGAGCAGCAGCUCGAGACCCCAGUUCGAGGCGCACGGUCAGGAAUCUACGAAUCUCGAUGGACCCUGGUAUCGACAUACGACGAGACCGCCGCUGUUCUAUGGAGAGAGGAUGAAGUCUGCCAUGUGCCAAAAUCUCAUAAAGCAAGGCUUCUGCUACUACGGAAGUGGAUGCCGGUUUGCCCACGACGAGUCGGAGUUGGCAGUGUGUGCACCGAGGUCGUAUCCGAGGCUUCCUUAGCCAAAGGCAAGCUGGCUUGCUGACCACCUUUGUCAAAUGAAGAUUCCUGGUGCGCGGCUGCGGUGAAAGGGACGGUGGGAGUUGCGAGGGAUUUACCGUCGACCGCUGCGGCAGGCGCCGCAGAAGUCAUGGCGACUACUGCGGCGAGGAAGACGCAGGCAGCGAAAGCUUUCAUGUUGACUCGGGAGGUUGUUUCAAGAGAUGGACUCGGCGAUGUUGCGAUGGGGAAGUAGAAGCAAUGCGUUUAUAUAUGUUGGAAUGGAACACAAGAGUUCCGCCCUCAGCAGCUCAGCAGCGGAUACUGUACAAUUCGGGUGGGGAGCAAA